CUUGCACAGUGGACUUUGAGCUGCGUACGGCGCCGGGCGGAGGCGCUUGGCCCCGACGCCGUCCUGUUCCGCCAGGUCACCGUGGUCGCGUCGCCCACAGCCUCUCUGCCCGCAUGGCCCUGAGAAACGUCGCCGCGCGGUUGCUGAGCCGCGGGCCCCAUCUGCGCGUCCGGCGCGCAUGGGGCUCGGCAGCGGCGCCCACGGCCCCGCGUCCCGAGUUCGACUGGCGUGACCCGCUGGGCCUGGAGGAGCAGCUAACGGCGGACGAGGUCCUCAUCAGGGACACCUUCCGCGGCUACUGCCAGGAGCGGCUCAUGCCACGCGUCCUGAUGGCUAACCGCAACGCAGUGUUUCACCGGGAGAUGGUCGCGGAGAUGGGCGAGCUGGGCGUUCUGGGCCCCACGAUCAAAGGGUACGGCUGUGCCGGGGUCUCCUCCGUGGCCUACGGGCUCUUGGCCCGGGAGCUGGAGCGGGUGGACAGUGGCUACCGUUCCUUGAUGAGUGUACAAUCCUCCCUGGUCAUGUACCCAAUCUACGCCUAUGGCAGCGAGGAGCAGCGGCAGAAAUACUUACCCCGGCUGGCCAAGGGGGAGCUUCUGGGCUGCUUUGGGCUCACAGAGCCCAACCACGGGAGUGACCCCAGCGGCAUGGAGACCAGGGCCUGCCACAACCCAGCAGGCAAGAGCUACACCCUCAAUGGAACCAAGAGCUGGAUCAGUAACUCGCCGGUGGCCGACCUGUUUCUAGUGUGGGCACGGUGUGAGGAUGCCCGAGUUCGGGGCUUCCUGCUGGAGAAGGGGAUGCCGGGCCUCUCAGCCCCUAAGAUAGAGGGCAAAUUCUCCCUGCGGACCUCAGCCACGGGCAUGAUCGUCAUGGACAGCGUGGAGGUGCCAGAGGAGAACGUGCUGCCCAAUGCGGUCGGCCUGUCGAGCGCCUUUGGCUGCCUCAACAACGCCCGCUAUGGCAUCACGUGGGGCGUGCUGGGAGCUGCCGAGUUCUGCCUGCACACGGCCCGGCAAUAUACCCUGGACAGGGUCCAGUUUGGCGCCCCCUUGGCCAGGAACCAGCUAAUCCAGAAGAAGCUGGCAGACAUGCUGACUGAGAUCACGCUGGGGCUCCAGGCCUGCCUGCGGCUGGGCCGCCUCAAGGACCAGGACAGGGCCACCCCUGAGAUGAUCUCCCUGCUCAAGAGGAACAACUGCGGGAAAGCCCUGGACAUUGCGCGCCAGGCCCGGGAUAUGCUGGGCGGCAACGGCAUCCUGGAUGAGUACCACGUGAUCCGGCACGUCAUGAACCUGGAGACUGUGAACACAUACGAAGGUACGGCUGACAUCCAUGCGCUGAUCCUUGGACGGGCAAUCACAGGAAUCCAGGCAUUUGCAUCGGGCAAGUGAACCGGCUUAUGCCAGAGCUGCCUACAGGGGGACGCCCUGCUGGACCCUGGCCCCGCGUGGUCCAGGCUGAGCAGAGGUGGUGGAUGACCUGACUUCCAAGGUGGAAGUGAGGGGCGUCGACCAGUGAACACCAGCAGCUCUCUUGGGAGGGCGUUCAGAGGCUCCUUGGAAAAAGGGUGAGGGGACUCCCUACCAAGGCUUCCCGUCCACUUUUAGCUCUCUUGCUGCAGGGAGAGCGGGUGACCUGGUCAUAGCUCACCAUGUCCUUAACUAUCUGUGCAGGGCGGCAUGCAGGAGAGGGAAAAAUAAAGCGCUUGCGGGUCUGA